ACAAACAAAUAUCAGACAGAAGUGUGUGCGUGAUAAAAUAGGUACAAGUAGGAAUAAAUUGUAUUCAAUAUAUAUUUAUUUGAAGGCAUCUGCAUAUGGUACUUAAUUCCAUGUAGUCCGUACCUUCGCACAGUUGCCUUUCAACGUGCGCUCACAACGGAAGUGCAAUGAAUUCUAUUUGUUAUAAUGGGGCCAAUGACAGACUUAUCCACGAAGCUGAUCAGCUAAUAUCUCAUAUAGAAAGGGGAACCACGUUGCAUAAGUUCUAUCCCAGGAAGCGGCCUGAGCGCCGGAAUUUGUUGGUGCGACGCGAGACCCAUCAGGUGAUAUGGUACAAGACUGUUGCCCCUCAAAAACAGGCAUACGAAGGUUCGCUGGAUAUACGAGAUGUGAAAGAGGUACGCGUCGGGAAGUCGUCAAAAGACUUCGAACGGUGGCCAGAUGAAACGAAGAGGAUCGAGAGCUCCAAAUGCUUUACUAUUUACUAUGGUACAGAGUUCAAACUGCGCUCCGCGUCAUUUGCAGCCAACACAGACAAAGAGUGUGAGAGUUGGGUGAAAGGAUUGCGGUUCCUUGUAGAAGAGGCAAUAAGUGCUUCUUAUCCAUUGCAAAUUGAGAGAUGGCUUCGCAAAGAGUUUUAUUCUAUAGAAAAUUCGAAUGAAAAGAUAACUUUGAAGGAAGUGAAAGCUUUUUUACCAAAAAUUAAUUGUAAAAUACCAACUAGUAAGCUACGCGACAUAUUUCAAGAGGUCGACACUCACAAACGGGGUGAAAUUGGAUUUGAUGACUUCUCUAUUUUGUACCAUAAACUCAUAUUUGAUGAAAACAAUGUUCACGAAAUAUUCGACAAGCAUCACCUCUACUCGUCAAACGGGAGUAUCAUCUCGUUGCGAGAGUUCCAGAAGUUUCUGCUCAUUGAACAACAUGACCGUCUCGGCGACGAUGAGAUGCGAGCGUCCCAGUUCAUCCGGGAUUACCUGAGGGACCCUCAGAGGGAUACCGCCGAACCCUACUUCACUUUGAGUGAGUUUGUGGAAAUGUUAUUUUCGAAACAAAAUUCGAUAUGGGACAGCAGCCACGAUAAAGUGACCCAAGACAUGAAUAGGCCUCUUUCACACUACUGGAUAUCAUCUUCACACAAUACGUAUCUCACGGGGGACCAGUUCUCUAGUGAAUCUUCUCUUGAGGCGUACGUUAGAUGUCUUAGAUCGGGCUGCCGAUGCAUUGAGCUAGACUGUUGGGACGGCCCCGACGGCAUGCCUUUCAUAUACCACGGACACACGCUCACAACCAAAAUAAGAUUCAUGGACGUCCUCCGAACAAUAAAAGAACACGCCUUCGUUACCUCCGACUACCCACUCAUAUUGUCCAUAGAAGAUAACUGCUCCCUGCCCCAACAAAGAAAAAUGGCUAGUGCUUUUCAGGAUGUCUUCGGCGACAUGCUAUUAGUUCAGCCGAGUGAGAAAAACGAAACCGCUUUACCGUCCCCGCACGAUUUACGCAGAAAAAUCAUUUUGAAACACAAAAAGUUGCCGGAAGGCGCCGAGGAGAAUUCUUUUGCCGUGCGCCAGGAGGAGGGAAAGGAUCUAGAUUUGAGAAAUUCUAUAAAAAAUGGUAUCCUCCUUUUAGAAGAUCCUGUCGAUAAGGAGUGGAAUCCUCACGCGUUCGUGCUGACGGAGAAUAAGCUGUAUUACACCGAGCAUUAUAGUGCACAGAGGGAAACUGAUGGAGAUAGUGAUAGUGAGUUGGAGGGUGACAACACUAGUAUACCUCAAGACGAGUUGCAUUUCGGGGAGUGUUGGUUUCACGGCAAGCUGGCGGGCAAUAGGCAGGAGGCUGAGGACUUGCUUAGGGCGCACGCUCACCUGGGCGAUGGGACUUUUUUGGUGAGGGAGAGUGUGACUUUCGUCGGGGACUACUGUCUGUCUUUUUGGAGGCAAGGGAAGGUGAACCACUGCCGCAUAAAGCUGAAGCAAGAACGCGGCGUUACCAAGUACUUUCUCAUCGAUAUGGUUUGCUUUGACAGCCUCUACAGUUUGAUCAUGCAUUAUAAGCAACACCCGUUGAGGAGUCAGGAGUUCCUGAUCACACUCAAAGAGCCGGUGCCACAGCCGAACAAGCACGAGGGCAAGGAGUGGUUCCAUCCUCACUGCACGAGGGCGCAGGCCGAAGAGUUGUUGCGGAAAGCGAACACAGAUGGCGCUUUCCUAGUGAGACCUAGCGAGAAGGAACCAAACUCAUUCGCCAUCAGUUUCAGAACGGAAAGGGAGAUCAAACACUGUCGUAUUAAGUUAGAAGGGCGGCUAUACACUAUUGGCACGGUCAAGUUCGAGAGUUUGGUCGAGUUGGUGUCUUACUACGAGAAAAACCCGCUUUAUAAGAAGGUUAAACUGUGGUAUCCUAUCAGCGAAAAUAUCGUGAGGAGUAUCAUUGCUGAGCCUGACGACAGUUCGGUUUAUGGCACUCCUGGGUAUAUGGACCCGACAUCGUUCACUUCCAAGGUGACAGUGAAAGCCUUAUACGACUACAGGGCUAGGCAGGACGACGAGUUGUCAUUCUGUAAACACGCCAUCAUCACCAACGUCGACAAACCCGACGAGGGCUGGUGGAGGGGGGACUACGGCGGGAAGCGACACCAUUGGUUCCCCGCCAAUUACGUUCAAGAAAUCGAGGUUCCUCAUAUGCCAGAUAUUGCUGGCCUAGAAAACGAAACGGCUGCACUGGGAUCUCUUCAGAAAGGCGUGGUAGACGUGCUAGGAGCAGUCGUGGAACUAGUGGUGGGUGAAGCGAACGGUGCCUCCCGGUGGCUUGUCCGUAUCCAGAGUCCUUCCAUGUGCGCGCCCUUCGACAUGGCCGCCCCCUCGAACGAAGUCGCCAUCGAAUGGCUUUCCGCCAUCAAGGAAGCCGCACAGAGCGCAAGCGCCCGCUCCAUGCAAAACAAGAAAAUGGAACGCACGUGGAGAAUCGCCAAAGAAAUGUCAGAUCUCAUCAUCUAUUGCCGCUCCGUCGCCUUCAAUCAAGACAGGCUCCGCAACAAGGGCUUCAUCUUCACCGAAAUGUCCUCAUUCCCCGAAACGAAAGCUGAACGGCUCAUGUGCCAACAAGAGAAUCAGUUCUUCCUCAGAUACCACACGAUCCAACUCAGCAGGAUAUACCCUAAAGGUCAGAGGAUCGAUUCUUCCAAUUACAAUCCAGUUCCGUUCUGGAAUUCGGGAUCGCAAAUGGUGGCUUUGAAUUAUCAGACUCCGGACAAGCCUAUGCAGAUUAACAUGGGGAAGUUCAAAGAGAACGGCGGCUGCGGGUUUAUUCUGAAGCCGGAUUUCAUGUUCGACGAGGGCUACAACCCGAACGAUGUGAGGAGUAUUGAGAAGCGAGUGAAGCCCGUUACUGUGAUGUUGAGAGUGAUAGCGGCGAGGCAUCUGUGCAAGUCGGGCCGAGGGACGGCGAGCCCGUUCGUCGAAGUAGAAAUUGUAGGCGCCGAGUACGACAGCGGAACGAAACUGGUCACCAAAACUGUUGGCGACAACGGCAUCAACCCUAUAUGGAAUGACAUCUGCGAGUUCGAAGUGUCCAAUCCGGACCUGGCUCUUAUCCGCUUCCUGGUCCAGGACGAGGAUAUCUUCGGCGACCCGAACUUCAUCGGGCAAGCCACGUAUCCCUUGAAAUGCCUCCGUACUGGGUACCGGAGCGUUCCCCUCACUAACGCAUUCUCCGAGGAACUAGAGUUGUCCUCCCUCCUUGUUCAUAUAGCGCUGAUACAGAACCAUUAGAUCUAAAAAGUAUCUUUAUUGUAAUACCAUAAAUCUUAUCCGAAAAAGAUAAAUUUCUUAACUUACAACAGAUUAAAAAAAAUGAGUUUUUUACGGUGUGCGGUCCAUUCUAAAUUAUAAUAUGCCUUGAUCAAAUCGGGGACGUCCUGGCGGAAGGUCAAGUCGAAAGUACCCUAAACAGGGGUCUCUCUUAAAAGAAUAAUUAAUGUUUCAAAAGGAGCUCUGCCUUCUCUGUCUUCCGUUGAUGGGCGUGAUGUUUUAUGUAUAAAAUCAUUACUCCGUAUCGCAUUUUCGAAUCGACUGAAAAUAAUAUUUUGGACCGAAAAAAGUGAUGCUAAAUUUAAGCACGGAUUGGGGUUAAUUUAAUAUGUCAUUAGUCAUAUAAAGUGGAAUAAGGUAGCGAAGAAGAUACAAUAGCUAUAUCUGUUUUUUUCUCCUUUUAUAAUUAUUAUUGUUGUGCCGGAACCAAUUGAAAAAGAAUAGAACUACUCCAUUUCUUUCUGAUGGAUGUCGUAAAAGGAAGACUAAGGGAUAAGAUUACACAAUUGGGAUUCUUUUAGGCGAUGGGCUUGCAAAUUGAAUUCUAAUUCUAUUAGUAAGCCAAGCAGCUGAACGUGUUGUCACAACUGUUGACUGUCGGCCCCGCAAGGGAUACAGAUGUGAUUAUAUGUAUAUGUGUAUAAUUUUUUUUUCUGUUUAUUUUUCCUUUUAUUAUUCUUUUUUUUUAUUUUACCUUCAUGUGGCCUAAGUCCGGUACAGACUUUUUGGCUUUGUAAGGAAUAAAUACGUACUAAUGUUUAUGUUAUUCAACCAUAAUUUAAAUUUUUUUGUAAUGCCCAAUAUGUUUUGAAGAGAAAUAGUUUUGUAUCUUAAAUAUUGUAUAUAAGGAAAGUACAUUAGUAAGAGAAAGGCUGGGACACGAUAAGCAAUAUUUUCUACACAGAUGCUCUAACAUUCAUGUGUUCGUAAUUUCAUUGUUGUGUGUACAAAAAGUUGCACAUUUUAUUAAUUCAUCUUUUUUUAUCGUAGCUAGAUCGAUAUCUGUAUCAAAUUUUGUAAUACAGGCUUGAAGUUAGGGUUU